AUGGAUAAACCCACAAUCGAACAACUAUUCAAAAUCAUAUUUGACAUCAAUAAAGAUCAAAAUAUUAUUUUCUGUCAUGCUUGUCAAAUAAGAUUCCCAAUUGUGGAACCAGAAGAAGCAACACUAUAUAUCCAUCAUUUCUCUAAAGAACAUGUGUAUAAUCUCACAACUAUAGCUACAAAACAAAUUGUCAAAACUAAUGAAUCUGCUAAAAAAGAUACUAGAGUAUUAUAAGUGAUUCCCUUAUUUGAUUUAGUAACAGCACUCAACAUUCAAGAAUAAUAACCAAAAAUAGGUAAUCUGUAUAUCCUUAUUUCUUUUAAGUACUUCAUCAAUAUCUCAAAGAAUGUAUUACAAAAUUACCCAAUAUCUAUGAUUAAUUAGAAUUAAAUAACUUGGACUCUUAUAUGAGUACUCUUAGGAGAUUUUAUCUACAUCUAUUAAAUCAUAAUACAUCUAUUCUAACUCCAGAGUUAUGUUUCUCUUUUGUAGAUAUCUAUAAAACAGAUAAGGAUUUAUAAUUGAUUAGGAAAUUUGUCAAAGCUUUCAAUUUUCCUUUAACUCAUGAUUAAAUGAUAAUACUAAAUCCCCAUAAAUAAACAUAUUCUAAUUUGUCUCAAGAUAUAUUAGUUGAAUUUUAUUAAAUCUUCAUUAAUGAUCUAAUUGUAUUAGGAUUAUCUAAGGAAUCCUUAGUUUAUCAUCUUGCAAAAAUGGGAACACCAAUAAACAAAAUUAUUGAUUUGAAAUUGUAUGAAAUUAAAAAUAAAAUCAAUGAUUUAAUUAAGAAAGGAAUUAAUGAAGAUGAAAACAUAUUCUUUUUAAAUAUUAUUGAAAAAUUGGAACGUAAUGAAAAUCUUAAUAAUCACUCUUAUGUUUUUACUAAAUGGAAUACAGAAUCUUAAAUGAGAAAAAAUUUUAGAUAGAUUAGAAAUCGUCUUAGAUAUUAAACAAAUGAUGAAAGAUAUAAAGUUUUCUUAGCUUAUGCUUCUCUAUAAAAGAUUCAAAAUUGGUAAAAAAUUUAGAUUUAAAAUGAAAAAAAUACAACAAAUGAUAUGAUAUCUAUAUUAGAAACAAUUAAUGAUAAUAAAAAUUAAAAUAAAAAAAGUAAGAAAUUAUUUAUUUAAUAAUAUAUAAUACCUAAUAAAAGUCAACCAAAUUUAGAUUAAUUUGAAAGAAAAACAUAAGAAGAAAUUUAAAAUAAUUAAAUUGAUAUUAGUAUUAGUGAUUCAAAAUCAGAAUGUGAUUUAGAAAAAAGCUUAUUUGUUAAAUUUAGCCAUUCAAUAACAGAUUGCAAUACAAUACAAUAAAAUUAAAAUGAUACAAUUAAUUCAGUGUCUUGUUUAGAAUAAUUAGACAAUUAUAAGUAAAAAGCUUUACUUAAAAAGUCAUCUAAAAAAUGA